UUUAACUACAGGUCCAAACCCAGAGAAGGACUCAGCCAUGGGAACUUCACAAGCAGUGCAACCCCACAUAGCCAUCCUGCCCUCUCCAGGCAUGGGACACCUGAUCCCUCUAGCGGAACUCGCCAAAAACCUCGUCUCCCGCCACAGCUUCUCAGUCACAUUCAUCAUCCCAAGUGAUGCCAAUACUUCCCAUCUCCAGGCCCAAAAAUCCUUCCUACAAGCUCUACCUGACAGCAUAAGCUGCAUAUUCCUCCCUCCAAUUUCUUUCACUGAUCUUCCAAACGACACAAAGAUCGAAUCACGAAUAUCGCUCAGCGUCAACCGAUCAAUCCCACAUCUUCGUCGGACUUUGAGCAUGUUACACGAGUCGGGCACUCAUGUCUCCGCCCUUGUGGUUGAUAUUUUGGGUGUUUUUGCGCUAGAUGUGGCCAGGGAAUUCAGUAUCCCACCAUACAUCUUCUUUUUCUCUAAUGCAAUGGCCUUGUCAUUGGUAUUGCAUUUGCCCGAGCUUGAUGAAGUCGCAGCUUGCGAGUAUAAGGACUUGCUUGAGCCUGUGAGGUUGCCCGGCUGCAUUCCUUUGAGGGGGAAGGAUUUGCCUGAUCAUUUUCAAGAUAGAGCAAAUGAGGCCUAUAAAUUUGCCCUGGAAAAGUGUAAAAAGUAUCAGCUGGCUGAGGGGAUCAUAGUUAACAGUUUCUUGGACUUGGAACCUGGAACUUUUAAGGCUUUGAAGGAUGAAGGGUGGUGCAAAGUACCCGUUUAUGCGAUUGGGCCGAUGAUACAGACGGGCUCAGCCUCAGGCUCAAACUCAAGCUCAGAUUGCUUGAAAUGGUUGGACAAUCAGCCGGAUGGAUCGGUUCUAUAUGUUUCUUUUGGUAGUGGAGGGACCUUAUCCCAUGAUCAGCUCAUAGAAUUGGCUGAUGGGCUAGAAAUGAGUGGUCAAAGAUUUCUUUGGGUUGUGAAAAGUCCAGAUGAGAAGGCAUCAAAUGCUGCUUUCUUUAGUGCUCAAAAUGUUGCUGAUCCUCUGGAUUUUCUGCCAAGAGGAUUCUCGGAGAGGACCAAGAAAAGAGGCCUCAUGGUUUCAUCAUGGGCUCCUCAAAAUGGAGUCCUUGCCCAUCGUGCAACGGGAGGAUUCUUGACGCACUGUGGUUGGAACUCAUGCCUUGACGGCAUCACCAAUGGGGUGCCGUUGAUUUCUUGGCCACUCUUUGCCGAGCAACGGAUGAACGCAGCACUCUUGACUGAGGGGCUGAAGGUUUCAUUGAGAGUUGAGGCAAAUGAAAGUGGAAUAGUGGACAGGAAGCAGAUUGCAGGGCUAGUACAAAAGUUGAUUGGAGGUGAAGAAGGAAAGGAUCUUGGAAAUAAGAUGAGGGUUCUUAAGGAUGCUGCUGCAGAGGCUUGGACUCAAAUUGGAUCAUCUGAGAAAGCUCUUGGUGAGCUAGUUCACAAGUGGAUCCAAGUCUAGUUCUGAUGAUAUUCCUGCUUUUGAUUUACUUUAUCAAAAUGUUCAACAAGAAAUCAUGAAAAUAAAGGAGGAAAGAUGGAAAUUAGUAAUAUGUAAUCUAUGAAGAAUCAAAUGGACUGUCAAUUCUUAGAUAAUUCAAUUGGCUGCAGCAUACAAAUAAACAGACUCACUGAGUCAUAAUCUAUGUCAUCUUUCU